AGACCGGUGCGGGACGCUUGACGUUCACUGACUGCUGUGGCGCUCCUCCACUCGUUGAGCCCGGCACGACGACCACCUCGUUGUCUUGUUGCGCGUCUUUAUUUGAAGGACCUGGUGGGAGGGUACUCGUGUCGGGAGAACCACCCGCAUCGGGAGCAGAUGCGGCCGAACCACCGCUCGGGUCACUCAUGCUCAGCUGCCACUAUCUCCCCUGCUGCGGGCCACUACCUCAAUGCCCGAUAUCUGAGUACGCGAGCGCGCGAGUAUCGGAGCCUGGAGCCCAUCACCAUUCUGUGCGGCGAGACUGUCUACUUUCAGCUGAAUAGUGACGUCACCAACACACCCUUUGGUGGACGGUAGUACGUAUCUGACGUUGAGUAGUACGUACUCUGAGUUGAGUAUGGCGGGCUGUACUAUGGCCUGAGUAGAGUAUGGGCAGCCAUACUAAACGCAACAGUAUGUUUAGUAGAGUAUGAGAAGCUAUACUAGAGUGAUAGUAUAGU